AGUCCCUUUGGCUGAAGAACAAUUCAUUUUUCAUCAUUUUAAAAAUACUUCAUACUUUACUUCUUUUUAUUUUUUAGCAUUGAUUCUUUUUUAUUCAGUCAGAUUUGUGAAUUUAUGGCUGAGGAUUUCCUGAAGCUGUAAAGUUUAUCUGCUGACAUUACUCUAAAUCAACAAGUCUGUGUGGAAUCUGUGAAUCCUCCGGAGAAAAAUAUUGGUGUCGUCCAGGUGUGUGUCUGAGCUCCUGCAUUCUGAAGAAGAUGAAGCACCAAAUAGCAGACUUCCCCAGCGGGCCGCUGGAUAUUUACAGGAAGAAGGCCUCCUUCGACUGGAAGGAAAUGCUCGUCUUCAUCGAUGGAGAUGAAAUCCUCCAGUUCAAGGAAUACAUCUUCAAGAGUCUGGAGAACGAUCCUCUGUUUGCCCGUCAGCCAGGAGAAGACCUCUCCGUAGAGAAAAUGAGAGAGUUGAACUUCCUCAGAGUGAAGCAAUUAUUCCGCUAUAAUUUCCUGACAAACGAAGAAGCGACGGCAAACCCCUGGAAGCAGAUGAUCCUGGAGGACUGCCUCUGCAUGUACGACUGGCCCUGCCUCGGCAAAUUAUUCCUUCACAAAACAAUGUUUGGGGGAACCAUUGCUAAGUCGGGAUCAAAGAGACACCAAAAAUUUGUUGAAAGCAGCGAAGACAUGACGGUCUUUGGCUGUUUCGCACUGACUGAGCUGAGCCAUGGCAGCAACACCAGAGCCCUGAGGACCACAGCCACAUACGACCCAUCCACCCAGGAGUUUGUGAUCAACUCUCCAGACUUCGAGGCAGCCAAGUUCUGGAUGGGGAACCUGGGGAAGAACGCCACCCACUGUUUGCUGUAUGCCCAGCUCUACACACCGGACCAGGUCUGCCACGGCCUUCACGCCUUUGUCGUGCCGGUCAGAGACCCAAAGACCUUGCUGGCAUUGCCAGGGGUUCUAGUUGGAGACAUAGGCAAGAAACUGGGCCAUAAUGGACUGGAUAACGGGUUUGUAAUGUUCCACAACGUGAGAAUCCCGCGAGAAAACCUGCUGGACAAGACGGGAGACGUUACCCCUGAUGGACGCUACGUCACUCCGUACAAGGACCCCAAGAAGCAUUUUGGAGCUUCUCUUGGGGCUCUGUCUGGUGGCCGUGUGUUGAUAAGCAGGAUGAGCAUCGUUCACUUAAAGCUGGCUGUGAUUGUGGCGAUCCGCUUCUCAGCCACCAGGAGACAGUUUGGACCCAAAGACACAGAAGAGAUUCCAGUGCUGGAGUACCAGUUACAGCAAUGGCGUCUCAUGCCUUACCUGGCAGCAGCUUACGCUCUGGACUUCUUCACCAAAUCUGUCUUCAUGAACUUUGUAGAGUUCCAGAUGGGACAGAUGAUGAAGGACAAGAGUGACAGACAGGACGAGUUGGGUCGGGAGAUCCACGCCAUCACCAGUUCCUGUAAACCUCUGGGCUCCUGGACGGCUCAGAGGGGGAUCCAGGAGUGCAGGGAGGCCUGCGGAGGACACGGAUACCUCGCCAUGAACCGACUCGGCAGUCUGCGUGACGACAACGACCCAAACUGCACCUAUGAGGGAGACAACAACGUGUUGCUGCAACAGACCAGCAACUACCUGCUCAGCUGUUUCCAGGCCAAACGGCACAACGCCGUUCACAUUCAGUCUCCUCUUCACUCUGUGGACUUUCUGGACGAUUAUCAGAACAUCCUGAAGACCAGAUUCACAGCAGGAACAAUGGAGGAGUGUCUGAACUUACAAGUGCCUCUGGAUGCCUAUAAGUGGCUGGUUUGUUUCCUGAUGGAGGAGAGUCAGAAGAGGCUGGAGCAGGAGAGAGCUGCAGGCAGAGACGACUUUGAGGCUCGGAACAACAGCCAGGUUUACUUCUGCAGGUCUCUGGCCAUCGCCUUCAUGGAGCACUGCUGUCUGCAGAACUGUCAGCAGCUGAUCUCAGAUCAGGACACGCCGGCUGCUCUCAGAGCCGUUCUCAGCAAGCUCUUCUCCCUGUAUGGACUGUGGAGCCUCAGCAGCCACAUGGCCACACUGUACCAGGGCGGAUAUGUGAAUGGAAGGAGGCCUGCAGAGCUGCUGCAGACAGCAAUCCUGGCUCUCUGCUCCCAGCUGAAGGAUGACGCCGUUGCUCUGGUGGACGUCUUGGCUCCGCCCGACUUCAUCCUCAACUCUCCUAUUGGUAAAGCAGACGGACAGCUCUACAAGAACCUGUGGUCGGCGGUGCUGCAGAACAAUCAGGUGCUGGAGCGCCCCUCCUGGUGGAAAGAGUUCUGCUGGGACAAACCGGUGGUGGGAUCUCUGCGCUCAAACCUGUAGAUCUUCAUCUUCCUCCUUCACUGUCAACCAAAAAUGCUCAUUUCUCUCUUUUGGGUCAGAUUCACUAAAGUCUCUAAUGAGGACUGCAACACUGUACAAACACACAAAUAGAUGACAUGUUUCAAACACCUUGACUGCAUUUUUUUCUAAUCAAAAAGGGUUUAUUCCAGACAUAAUUAAAGAUUUAAUAAAAACCUGUGUGUGACAGAAUUCUUCCCAUCUGCUGACUGUCACUGGGUUUGUGGAUUAGAGUCUCAGGAGACUCAAGAACUUUAGGCCACAGCUUUAAACAGCAACAUCAUACAAGGAGGUGGGGGGAGCCGGUUUAGCUCGUGCUGGUUUGACAUGACCAUGCAGUGUGCUAGAAUGUUCUAUUUGGAUUGGAUUCUUUGGAUGUGGAAAAACAACAGUGGGCUGGACUUUAGAAAACUAAAAUGUGAAUGGAUUUGACAUUCAUUCUUGUUUACUUGUUUGUUUGGACACAUAUUUAAUUUAAAUGUGAUUAUCUUCCAAUAAAUCCAAGGAAUGUGGAAAACUUCACCUGCACUGUUCAGUAUCAGCUAUUUCUCUCUGAGUCACACUGGCUGAAGUUUUGAAUAAAGAUGUUCUGGAUCCAUUUUAGGUCAGUGAAUCGGAUCAAAUUGGAUUGUUCAAAAUGAACCAAUAUCAACAAUGGAGGACCACAAAUGACAUGUAAAAUGAGUCUUUACCCUCCUACUAAAUAAACAUCUUCAGGUUGUCUGAC